UGGUCUGACUUGCAUAGCGCUGAUGUCCUACGGAGUCUACAUGCUAAUGAAGGCACAUCGUAGCGUCAAGAAACCGCACAUCAUCUUCAUACUCGCUGAUGACCUCGGCUGGGCCGACGUGAGCUUCCAUGGCUCCAGCCAGAUCCCGACGCCCAACAUAGAUGCCCUAGCAGCCGACGGUGUGGUGUUAAACAACUACUACGCGCAUCCUAUUUGUACGGCAUCCAGGGCGGCCCUCAUGACUGGACUGUACGCAACGCGACACGGUCUUCAGAACAGACCGAUCCAGCCGGGCGAACCUUUUGGCCUCGACCUCAAGUACACUCUACUUCCGCAGCACCUGAAGAGUCUCGGGUACGAGACGCAUCUCAUUGGAAAGUGGCACCUUGGUUGCUAUCGCCACGAGUACACGCCUACUCGAAGGGGGUUCGACACCUUCUUUGGAUUGUACUACGGCCACGGUGACUACUACACGCACAUGCUGGACUCGACGGAAGACGCGGCAAUCACGGGCCUAGACUUCUGGAACGGCACGGAGCCUGCCUGGGAAGCCAACGGCUUGUACAGCACCGACCUAUAUGCAGACAAAGCAGUGCAGCUCAUCGGAAAUCUCGACAAAUCUAAGCCGCAGUUCAUUUUCUUGAGUCACCAGGCUGUUCAUUCCGGAAACGACAACAAUCGACUGCAAGCUCCUGCGAAAAACGUCGAUAAGUCCUACAUUGGAGAAUAUAACAGAACCAUCUACGCUGGAAUGCUGGAUUCUCUCGACAUGGCCAUAGGGCGCACCUUCCGCGCUCUUGCUGAAGCCGGGAUGCUGGAAGACAGCGUUAUAGUAUUCAGCUCAGACAACGGCGGCGGGCACGAAGGGCACCUAAGUUCUCGAGGCAUCAACUGGCCACUUCGCGGAGCAAAAGCCAGCCCGUGGGAAGGUGGCAACAAGGGCGCCUUCGUGUGGUCACAGCUGCUCCGAAAGAGGCGCUGGGUUUCCCACCGGCUCAUGCACAUCACUGACUGGCUGCCCACGCUCUAUGGAAUAGCUGGUGGUUCUGUACACCAGCUGGGGAAUAUCGACGGCCAUGACAUGUGGCAAUCGCUCACAAAAGACGCGCCGUCGCCGCGCUCCGAGCUUGUGUACAACAUCGACCCUGUGUGGGGCUACGGAGCGAUUCGAAAAGACAACUUCAAGAUCGUCGUAGGCGCUCUUCCUAAGCAGCGCUUAGCGGUACCAGGGGGCGAGAGGCCGCAGCAGGACCUGGACGAACUUGUAGAACAAAGUUAUGCUGGCGAGCCGGCCAUCGAAGCCAUCAUGUGGGUGACGUUCUUCAUUGACGAGACCUCCGAGGAGAAGAUUAUCUUUUCGAAGUACCUAGUUCAAGACGAAGCAGCGGUAGACCUACCUCGUGAGCUCAGCUCGGCAGAACUCGUGAACCUGGUUGUGGAAAAGGCAGCCGUGGACACUACUGAACUACGACGCAAAGGUGCCGUGAAAGUGAACUUGCGUGUGGCGACCUUCAACGGCCUAGUCCUUUAA